UUAUGCCAUAAUACUUAUUUCAAGAUAUCCUUCCGUGAAGUGAUUUCGACUACUAACUGCGUAAAUCGCCGAAUUUCAUCAGCCGAACAAAAUGCCAGACAUACCACAAGGAGAUGUUGAAAAGGGGAAGAAACUGUUUGUUCAAAGAUGUAAGCAAUGUCAUAAUGUAGAUAAAGGUGGUAAAAAUGCCACAGGUCCAGCACUUCAUGGUUUAUGGGGAAGAAAAACUGGACAAGCUCCUGGAUUUGGUUACACUACAGCUAAUGUUAACAAAGGAAUCACAUGGAAUAAGGAUACUUUAUUUGAAUAUUUAGAAAACCCUAAAAAAUAUAUUCCUGGAACAAAAAUGGUGUUUGCUGGUUUAAAGAAACCCAAAGAUCGUGCAGAUUUAAUAGCUUAUUUGGAAUCAACAACCAAAGCGUAACCAUGUAAAUCUAUAGGCAAUUUUGUUAAACCAUGAACAUUUUUAAAAACUAAAACAACAAAAUAUUUAGCAAUUGUAAAAAGAACUGUUUACACUUUCAUUUUGUCUCCAUAUGAAUAUCAUUUCUCUGAGAUCUUUUAGUAUGUUGCAUUACUCUCAUUGGACUAUAAAGAUUGGAUGAGCUGAGCUCUCAUACUGUACCUCUUAGGAUGUUUUUAAAAUGUAUUAUGUAUAAAUUUUUAAAUUAUAAAUACUUGUGUACCAUUUUGUGAAUUAGAAUAUUAAAUUUACCAUUAUUUGACUAAA